UAAGAUCGUUAUAUUAAUUAAAUAAUGGGUAAUUGCAAUAUUAGCGAUAAGAAAGAGGUUGAGGAAUCAAGUAAUUGAAUAAAAAUAAAGAAGUUCUAUCAGUUCAUAACUUUGAAUUUAUUGAAGUUUUAGGGAAGGGAGGAUUUGGAAAGGUUUGGAAGGUGAAGAGAAGGAAAAAUAAGAGUUAUUUUGCUUUAAAAGUGAUGUCAAAAGCAAAGUAAGGAAUAGAGUUUUAAUAGGAAGAAUAAUAUAAAAAAAGAGUGUAUAGUCAGUGAUGAAUGAGAGAACUUUAUUGAGUUAGUUAAGACAUCCAUCUUUAAUAAAUAUGAUAGCAGCAUUUUAAGAUAGAGAAAACUUAUAUUUAGUAAUGGAUUUAUUGAGUGGAGGAGAUCUACGUUAUCAUAUAGGAAAGAAUAAGAAAUUUGGUGAAGAGGAAACAAGUAAUAAUAAUGAAAGUGAUAAUUGUAUUAUAGAAUUCUUUUGUGGAUGUAUAAUGAUAGCAUUAGAAUAUUUACAUUCUUAGGGUAUAAUACAUCGAGAUUUAAAACCUGAGAAUUUGGUAUUUGAUUGUGAAGGAUACUUAAGAUUAACAGAUUUAGGUAUUGCUAGAAUUUGGAGACCUGAUAAUUCAUAAGAUACUAGUGGUACACCUGGAUAUAUGGCACCAGAAGUACUGUGUAGAUAAAAUCAUGGGAUAGCUGUUGAUUAUUUUGCAUUAGGUGUUAUAGUAUAUGAAUGUAUGUUGGGUAGAAGACCAUAUGUAGGAAAAUCUAGAUAAGAAAUCAGAGAUAAUGUAUUAGCUAAAUAAGUAUAAAUAAAGAGAACUGAGAUUCCUAUCUCAUGGUCUAUAGAAGCUGCUGAUUUUGCUAAUCAAGUAUUAAAUAAUUAUUUAAUCGUGAGUUGAUUUAAAGAAAACCAGCUUAAAGAUUAGGAUCUGAUAAUCCUGAUGCCGUUAAAAAUCAUCCAUGGUUUAAAGGUUUUGAAUGGAAUAAAUUACUUAAAAAAGAAUUAUAACCUCCCUAUCUUCCUAGGAAUUCUAGUAAUUCAGCAGGUUCUACUUAAGAUACAUAAUAAGACACUAAUGAAAAUAAUAUGAUGCUUAGAAGAAACUCUAUUUAAUGUAUAUCUUUUAUUUAUUUAUUCUUCUAGCAUAAUUUGAUGGGUAUAGUUAUGAUCCUAAUGAAAUUAUGAUAAAAGCUGAACCAUCGAAAUUUUGA